GGAGGGGAGGGGAGGAUGUAAAAAUGUAAAGCGGCAACGGCGAGCUGCACCGCGGCUCGAGUCCACGGCCACGAACACUCGGAAGGAACCAUGUGGAGGGUGGACUGCUGCCCCGUCACGAGGAUGCUGCUGCUGCUGCUGCUGCCGCUCUUCAUCUUUUCCACUUUCCUCUGCGUUCCUGGGGAUUGCCUUUUUGCGACCGAAUACUUCACCCGAACGCCUCGUAAGCUCAGCGCUUUCAACUCCUUCGCCAGUGUGGAACUGUUCCACUUCAAUGUGCCUGACGACACCAUGAUGGCCCUAUGGAACCUCAUUACCUUCAAGGAACAAGGCGGUACCUUCGGAGACAGCUGCCCCAAUCGCAAUGUUACUGUGUACUUCAGGUCCGGCGCUCCUCCGGUAAUCAACCCCCUGAGCACUCACUUCCCUCGGGAUACGGUCGUGCCAGGAUCCUUCGCGGUGACUCUGACCUGGACGCUCCCGAACAGAACCACUGGAGCGUUCAACGUGACCAGCCCGCUCCCUGGGGACUGGUUCCUGGCUGCCCAUCUACCCAAGGAUGAAGGCAAGAUCUCAGUCAAGGGUCUGUCUGAGGAGUGCCAGUAUUUGUUCCAACCUCAGCUCAUCGUCCAGAGGCUCGUUGGGAUCGCCGUGCUCUAUCCGGGAUACUUCAUUGACCAGAUGAUCCCCGCUCACAACAGAUCUGCUCUUUACAAAGUGUUUGUGCCCAAUUACAUAUCGACGGUGAAAGUUCAGCUGUUGAACUGCGGCGUCAGGAACAAGAGCGGCGACACUUGUCCCGUGGUGUUGAAGAUAAGAGCGCGGGCGCCACCUGUGCACAAUUCCAGCGCCCUCGACUGCCGGGAGUGGAGCCCCUGCGAGCUGGACGCCUUGGCGGCCGCCUGGGAACGAUGGUACUACGUCCUCGUGGAGAGAUACCUCACCAACGCCGACGUCUACUUCCGCAUCGGCGUGCAGGUUACAGAUUGCAGCAAGUCCAACGCAUCCAAGGAGCAGUCCUCUGCCAGCUCAUCCAUGAACAUGCCGCAGUCGUUCGGCACGGCGAUGGCGCUCUCCUUGUCCGACAGCCUCUCGGCGGCCGUCCCGGGAAGCCCGUGGUACAACGGCACUCGCCCGCACGCCUCGGGGGACGGCGUGGUUUACCUGGCUCCCCCCACCGACACCGACAAGUGCUGGCCCAUCCGCCCGACUCUUCGCAACGAGCUGGACACCUUCUCGGUGCACUUCUACGUCUUCUUCGGUCCCAACAUUUCCAUUCCGCCGGACAGAGCGGCCGUGUUCGCCAUCAACCUCAUGCCCGUCUUAGACAGCGGCGGCGUUCUCAACAUGGAGCUCAAGCUCAACAUGUCGACGCUUAAAGACAAGAAUGUCACCGUGCGUGGCUGUCUGACUCACGGGAUGCCGCUCUUCCUUUGGCAAAACUCAUCAUUGAAAUGUGAAUCAGAAUCCGUUGCCGGGUUUUUCCUCUCCGUGAACACCUCCACGAAUGUCACCAAACUCAGGAUUCCAUACCCUCAGACGGGCACGUGGUACCUCAGUCUGCGCUCUCUAUGUGCCACACAACACGGUUUUGAGGCGUGCGCCAACCUCACGGCCGAGGUGUACAUGCGCGCCUACCUGACGCCGUGCAUCAACGACUGCGGCACGUACGGACAGUGCAAGCUGCUUCGCACCAACAACUACCUUUAUGCCGCCUGUGAAUGCAAAGCUGGCUGGGAAGGCUGGGGCUGCACGGACAAUUCGGAGGCCUACUCGUACAGCUUCCAGCUGCUCUCCACCCUGCUCCUGUGUCUCAGCAACCUCAUGUUCGUCCCGCCCGUGGUCAUCGCCGUGCGCAGCCACUAUCUGCUGGAGGCCUCGGUCUACAUCUUCACCAUGUUCUUCUCCACCUUCUACCACGCGUGUGACCAGCCGGGCAUCGUGGUCUUUUGCAUCAUGGAGUACGAUGUUCUGCAGUUCUGCGAUUUCCUCGGUUCCCUCAUGUCAGUGUGGGUCACGGUCAUCGCCAUGGCCAGGCUCAAGUCCAUCAUCAAACAGGUGCUAUAUUUGCUGGGGGCCAUGUCCCUCUCCAUGGCUUUGCAGCUGGACCGUCACGGUCUGUGGAACCUGCUGGGACCCAGCUUGUUUGCUCUGGGCAUCAUGGCAGUGGCAUGGACGGUGCGCACCAUCCGCCGGCGGCGAUGUUACCCGCCCACCUGGAAGCGCUGGGUGUUCUUCCUGUUCCCCGGCACGGCCAUCGCCACGUCGGCCGUGGCUCUUUACGCCUUCGUGGAGACGGAGGAGAACUACUUCUACAUCCACAGCAUCUGGCACAUGCUGAUCGCCGGCAGCGUGGGCUUCCUCCUGCCGCCCCGCGCCAAACCCGACGCCAAGGUGACGCCGCUCAAACGCAGGCGAGGCUGCGGCUACCAGCUGUGCGUCAACGAGCACGAGGAACUGGGCCUGGUGGACCCGGCCAUCAUCUCCAUAAACAGCAUCUGCACCAGCUGAUGAACUCCCACGCUCUUCUUUUACCUUUGGUGACACUUCAUUGCCUUCUUUGACUCGGGACGUUCACGCACGGGAAAUAAGCCACAGAACUCGAAGAACAGAUGUAAAUACUUUUAUGCAGACAAUGACACCUGGUCGGCGGUCUUCUUGUUGUCAUGGUUACCACCGCUGUCCUCCGUAAAGCGAGGCAACGCCGCACCAUUUGGCCGGUUCUCGCCUAGCGGUCCAAGUCAAGCCCGUUUUAUUUAGAUUGCUCCGAAUCACACCGGAAGGCACUGAUGUGUACAUCAGAGCGGCUCAAGAACCGCACUCCUCAGACAUCCUGGAGCGGAACCUCGAUUUGACCGGAACCAACGAGAUGCCCGAAUUCAACGGACGGACAACGGUGUCCGUCCGAUGAACUUCAAAGGCCCCUUGGUCCCUUUCAAAGUCGGUGAGUUCCAGAAUUUCCGCACCGCAGACACACGCUGGCCGCUUGCGCCGCCCCAUGAGCAGUAAUAGUCCCGUGCGAUGUCACGGAUUCUAUUUGCCGCAACCUAUCCCAGAGGGAUUGGUCGCCAAACAAUCGCUGUCGCUCAACAGAGGCAACCGACCGAGGUCAGUCGUUCAAACCCGAACAGAGACGCUUUGCUUUUCAACAAGCGUUCUGGUCACUCGUGAAAACUAGUUGCCGAAGCCCAGUCACUUUUGCCGUACCCCACCUUUGGCCCUCCAGCUCACCCGUGACCCUAAUGAGGACAAGCGCGGUCGAAAAUGGACGGAUGAGUGCUCCGCGGCAGCGUGAGCCCCAUCGAUUUGGACUCCGCUCGGUGCAUUGGGGGCGGUUUUCGUUGGCCGCUCUUGAGCCAUGGCUUGGCGGGGGUCCACUUUGGCGCUUUUGUCAGUUACCAUGGAGACAGGUGCAAGUACUUCUGCUGUGUGUAUAGUCGUAAGUCGUUCUGCUGAAGUACUGUUUGCGUGCAGCGGUACACGCGCUUGUUUGUGAAUAUGCAUUCAAAGUCAAGGCUGCUAUUUGACGGUGACUGUACAACUGCUUGUGUCGGUUAUUUAUUCAAACGGGCUUUUGACAUUUUACUUACAGGGUUUUGCGAUUACGGGCUCCUCACCAACCUCCACUUACUGCAAGCAAAAAAUGUGACUCUGACAGAAUUCAUCAAGCUUUCUGUUAAAGUUACGCUUUAACCAAUUUAAAGAAGUCAUCGCAAAGAAAAGACUCGUACAGAGGGAUAAGACCUUUUUUUGGGGGAGUAGGAAUUCUCAUCUUACCAAUGGUGUAUAAGAGUUAUUGCAAAACCAGAAAUACAAAGCCAGCGUCAUUUGGAAAUAUAUCACAGUGAGAAUUAAUCAGUUGAAUCCAAUUUUAUUGAUUCGAAAAAAAUUCAAAUGGAAUAUUUGACAAGCAAUAACUGACAAUUUAUCUAUUCAAAUGUAAUUUGUAAAAACUGAUUUUCUCCGAGAUGCCCUUGUGGG